AUGCCGUUUGGGAUUUUAGAAUGCACAAAGAUGGAAAUCGUGCCCGGCACGGCUUUCAUGAAUGAUCAGGAUGACUUACCACCAGAGCUCGCCGAGGCCUCAAGGGAACUACUCAAGAAGGGCAAAGGACGGUGCAAGGACGUCAUUCUGGUCCCUCAACCAACAGACAGCCCCAAUGACCCGUUGAACUGGCCUCAAUGGAAGAAAGAAAUGGUCCUUUUGAUCGUCUCCAUGUCGGCGGCGGUGGUGGGCGCCUACGGACCGAUGCUCUCGCCGGGCUUCGUCCAGGUUUCGAGCGACCUCGGCAUCACGGUCCAGACCUUAUCCGAGGCGACGGCGUGGCUGAUCCUCUCCAUCGGCCUGUCGCUCUUCCUCACCAACCCGCUGGCCAAGAUCAUCGGCCGCCGGCCCAUCUAUAUUGGCGCCAUCGCCGUCAUGUUUGCGACGAGCGUCUGGGGCGCCGUGACCACGACCUACCCGUCCUUCCUCGCCAGCCGCGUCGUCGCGGGCGUCGGCAUGUCCCCCUACGAGAUCCUCGUGCAGUGCACCAUCGGCGACCUCUACUUUGUCCACGAGCGCGCCACCAGGAUCGCCGUCUGGAACAUGUUCCUGCUCACGGGCAUCAGCGGCGGCACGUUGAUCGCCGGCUACAUCAUCGAGCGCGACGGAUAUCGCUGGACGUUUGGGGUGUGCGCCGUCUUCUUCGGGGUGCUGAUGCUGGCCGUCGUGUUUCUGGUGCCCGAGACCAUGUACCGACGACGCAGCGAGGAGACGAGGACGAGGGCCGUGGGCGAGAUCAAGGAAGAAAGCCAAGGGGAGAAGAGUGCGGCCGAGGAACUGUCUGUGGUCGCUGGACAGGAAGCAGAGCCGAAACACAGCUUUGGGCGGUCGCUCCGCGUAUUCACGGGCCGGUACAGUCAUGCACCGUUGUGGAAGGUCUUUUUGAGGCCUGUCGUCCUGUUCUUUUAUCCGGCGGUGCUCUGGGGGUUUUUGAUAUACGGGACCCUCAUGACCUGGAUCGUUGUCUUCUCCGUCGUCAACGCCGUCAUUUUCAUCAACCCUCCGUACAACUUUAGCAUCAGCCAGACCGGCCUGAUAAGCCUCUCGCCCUUCGUACUGACCAUCGUGGGCGAGCUCACGUCGGGGCCCCUGAACGACUGGAUUUGCCUGCACCUGACGCGCAGGAACCGGGGCGUGUACGAGCCCGAGUUCCGGCUGCCGCUCAUGGCCGUGGCGGGGGUGCUCGGCGGGGUGGGCUUCUUCGGCUUCGGCGCCACCGUCCACGGCCAGACGCACUGGGUCGGCCCCGUGCUGUGCUUCGGGCUGGCCAACAUGAGCCUGGUGUUUGCGUCGACGUGCGUGUUUGGCUACGUCAUCGACUGCUACCGCCCGCUGAACGAGGAGGCGUUUGUGGCCAUCAACACCAGGAACCUGCUCACGUUUGGCUUCACGUACUUUGUCAACGACUGGCUGGCGGCGCAGGGGCCCCUGGCUGUUUUUGCAUACUGGGGUCGCUUUUUCUGGGGGAUCUUUGGAAAACGUCUCCGUAGCUUUACGGGCCGGAACAAAUGGUUGCAGAACUUUAUGAAUGAUGAAGAUCUGUGA